UUCGAAUUAGAAUCCAGCAGUUUGUGCUCGACUUAGCAGAGCACCGUAGCGCGUUAGAAACCGACGGCCGACGAUUAAUGGCGGUACACCGAUCCAGUGACAAUUAAAUCACUUUAUGAGCUGCACAAUUUGUGUUUCGGCCCACACGGCUCGGCUUGGUCGAGACAAGACGCUCUCCGACCGUGUUUCACUGGAAUCGCGUUAUAUUUAGAAUUUCCGUUUCGGCCCUACAUGGACAAAAUGGGCUCAGUGCGUUUUCGUCUUUGAAUAGCGAUCGCUGCCGGGUUUAGUGACUCUUUUUUGGAAGUCGCAAGUGUACUCAUUGAUCUCCUUCCGUAUGUGCUUUAUUUGUUUCAGUUUUCCGUUUGUAAAUUCGAUAUGCGUGAACGGAACGCGAGUGACAUUAUCGAACGUUAUUGAAUAAACACGCGCGACAUUACGUGAUCAACCAUUACUGAUAGAAUUUUCCUUAACGUUGCGAACAAAGAGUAUAGUAAUAUUUUUAAAACAUUAAACACUUAUACGGACGCACCAGCCUGUUGAUCUAAACACGUGUCGCGUACGUUGCAUACGAGGAUGCGAGCGUUCGACGCGCGCGUGCAAUAAAAAUUGAAUGCAAAAAUGAUCAAAAGGAACGGUGAUAAUGUGUUUGCGAUCGCGUCGACCAACAAUCAGUGUCAAGGCGGCAGCAGAAACGCUGUCUCGCUCUGUCCCAGCGGCGCGGCGACGAGGAUACCGCGAGCCACUGCCGCCAGGAUGACGCCGCCCGACGCGCACCACAACUCCAAGGAGGCUAACAUCGCUCUCUCGAUUUACGUCGAAAAGUGGAAAAACAGAUAUGAAGAUGCAGAAAGAAAACAUAAAGCGUAUCUACUCAAAUCCGAAAAAGCAAAACGUGAGCACGAUGACCUCCAGCGUCGCUACAACAUCUUGCACGAAGAAAGAAACCACCUGGACUCGGAGUUACGAGAGAGAGAACGCGAGCUGAACAAGCUGAAGAAUGUCUCCGAAAAGCUAUUCAACGAGUACCAGCAGCUGAAGCAUCAGCACGAGGUCGACGCGGGUGUCAUGCAUAAAGUGAUGCAACAGGCGGGCGAGUGGUACAAGCAGAACAAGCAGCUCAAGCGGCGCAGCACCGUACUGAUGCAGGCCUUGCCCGUCCCGCCCGUCGACAUCGACCUCACCGACACCACCGACACCGCGUCAGACACGAGCAGCAACGAGGAAGUGGAGUUCCUGAAGCAGACCGUCACGGAGCUGAGCAGGCAGAUCGCGUCGCUGCAGACAGACCUCAACACCGCCAAGCUACAAGAGUUUGAGGCUCACGAAGCCAACGUGGCUCUGUCGCAGGAAGUAGAAACAGAGAAAGAAAAGCGUCUGGCGCAAGAGAAGGAGCUGCAGGACUUGAGGGUUCAGUUGGAGAGACACAAUCGCGUGUCGAAGCUGCUGAUGGACGAGGUGUCCGCCUUGAAGGAGAAUGCGGAUAAGGACAGAGAAAUGGCUGAAACGUACCGGUCGGAAGCCCGCGCGGCGAAGAAGCGCGCGGUGGUGUUGGCGCACCAGAGCGCGCUGCUGACGGGCGAGCUGCCGCCGGACGAGCGGCUGGCGCGGCUGCUGCAGGAGCUGGACAGCUUGCGGGACGCGCUGGACGACCAGGCCACGCGCCACCGCGACCAGCUGCACGAGCUGCAGCUGAAACUAGCAGAGAAACAUGAGGAGACUGAUAUCCUGCUGUGGGAGGAGAAGAUCCGCUUAGCGGAGGAGGACGCGGAGAAGGCGACGCGGCGCGCGGAGCUGGCCGAGCGGCGCCUGGCGGAGGCCGAGCGGCGCCCCGACCUCGCCGCGCGGACACCGCGCGACGCCGAGACCAAGCUGGCGGAGGCGGAACGGAAGCUGUCGGAGCUGGAGCGCAGGGGAGGGCGGCGCUCGACCCUCAUGUCGCGGAUCAACUACUUCGAGAACGCGGGCGGAGACAGGAGGGACGUGCAGAGGGAAACAAGAGAACUUCAAGAAGUCAAAGAAGUGGCCGAAGUUGUAGAGAUGAGACAAGAAGUCGCAGAAGUCACCGAGCCCUCAGGUCCGGCAGUAUCUGCGUGUCCCCCCUCGCCGCCCGCUGUUCCGGAAGUGGCUGAACGUGCCCCCUCGCCGGUCGCGCCCCCCGCUCCCCCCGCCCCGCCGACACAGCUCCCCCCGCCGCCGCCUCCUCCCCCUCCCCCUCCGCCGCCCCCGGCAGUGUUCAACGCCGGGCCGACUGAAGACAUGGCCAAAAUGUUGUCAAACAAACAGGGAACUCUGAAGAGAAGCAAGCAGAACAAUGGUGGCGCAAUCGACGCUAUAGUGGACCAAAUAAAAGGAGGGAAAUUCCAAUUAAAGUCGACUGACCAGAACUUCCUCGAGCGAAAACCCAAAGACGACCAGCCAGAAGCUGUCAAGGAAAUGCUGGCCAUCCUCGGAACGCUGAGGAAGAGACGCAACGUGAACCGGCCCUGCUUCGUGGCCGGCGCGGAGAAGCACGGCGACGACAGCCUCACGUAAUGACAGCUGUCAGAUUUGACACACGUCAAUAUAUAGAGCAUAAAUAUUUAGUGGAAAGCAAUGGAACAAAACGGAUGGAUAUGUUGCCAUAUCUGAACUAUAGUUUGUUUAAAACGUAUAUAAUUACGAUAUUUGAUAUUGUUAACGUUUCUUCUGUAAAAUUGAGAGACCGCCACUCAGAUAACUUCUGGCUCUCGGUGACAGAUGCUAAACUUCAUAUUGUGCCAAUCUCGCCAAGGAGGGAUUUUGAAACUCAAAUCAUUAAGAGGACUUUUGGCGGGAACGCGAGAAGUGAAGUUGUGUGAUUUAUUUUAUUGUGUCUAAUUUAGUGUUUCUUCAGGAUUAAAUGCGUAAUAAUGGUGGUUUAU